GUGAGCGCCAGAGUAGCGGAUUUGGAGUCACUAGUGCAAGAGCGCGUUGCUAAGGCACGUGCUGACCUAGAAUCCAGGCUACGCUCACAGAUCGAGCAAGAAAUGAUGCAUGAAGUGGAAGAAAGUCGAAAAAGAGAGGUGUGUUUUUUCCAAAUACUUUUUCCGAAAAAGUUGCUGAUUUGUGAAUAG